CCGUGUGAGGCAGCUGGAAGAGGAGCUGCGCACUAUGGAUCAGGCCCUCAAAUCCUUGAUGGCUUCAGAGGAAGAGGCUGAGACUCGGGCGGAAUUUGCCGAGAGGUCUGUGGCGAAGUUGGAGAAAACCAUUGAUGAUCUAGAAGACGAGGUCUAUGCCCAGAAGAUGAAGUACAAGGCCAUCAGCGAGGAGCUGGACAAUGCGCUGAAUGACAUCACCUCCCUCUGAGCCCCAGCACGGCCGCACUGCCCUGCCCGGCCACCCCCUGGCACCCCCCACCUUCUGCAGAUGCCUUGUCAGCACUCUCCCCUUCCCCCCACUUCUCCACCCGGGGGACGGGACGAUGGGGUGACGGGGUGGGGGGGAUUUCCAUGGAGGGAGCUGGGCUCUUCUGUACCCAAGUGCCUUAAGGCUGCACUCUGGGGGAGCUGGCUGUGCCAAGAAAGCAGCCUGCCUUAUGUAGGGUGGGAGAUUCGGUGGGCCGGGGAAAGGCCCCUGCCUGGGUAGGACGGGAGGGCGACAGACCCCAGGCCCCUGCCGGAACCCCCUGGCUCUGCUUGUCCUUCCCCCUUGCCUGUCUUCCAUGUUCUGUUCUCACCUUCUUCGUUUCAAUAAACAUCUCUCAAGCUC